AUGGGCAAGAUUGUGCUUAUGGAGUACUUUCGAGUACCUCCUCGGUGGCUCUUUGUGAAAAUCACAGAUGACACGGGUUCCUUUGGAUGGGGCGAAGCGUCCCUCGAGGGUCACACUGGUGCAGUGGAAGGGUGUCUGGACGGCUGGUUCGAGAGGUACAAGGGGCUAGACGCAGACGACAUUGAGAAUAUUUGGCAGCUCUCGUGGCGCGGCAGCUUCUACCGCGGAGGACCGGUCUUUAUGAGUGCUCUAUCAGGCAUCGACAUUGCCCUGUGGGACUUGAAAGCCAAGAAGCUUGGGGUGCCGAUAUACCACCUACUGGGGGGCAAGGUCAGGGAGAAGAUCCGAGUAUACGCUUGGGUUGGGGGAGACCGGCCAACAGAAGUUGAAGCUCAAACCCGAGAACGCAUAAACCAGGGAUUUCACGCCGUCAAGAUGAAUGGUACGGGGGACACGGCCUGGCUUGACUCACCAUCGGUACUUGCAGAGGUCGUUAAGCGGCUCAAAGCUGUCAAAGCACUGGGAGUUGAUGUUGCCGUCGACUUUCAUGGGCGAGUUCAUAGGCCCAUGGCCAAGCAGCUUGCAAGACUGUUGGAGCCGCUUGAACCACUUUUCAUUGAGGAGCCCCUACUUGGGGAACAUAUUGGAGCGAUAAAACAGGUCUCAGAACUGACUACGGUUCCACUUGCGCUCGGGGAGCGCUUGUAUAGUCGCUGGGAUGUACGGCCAUUCUUGGAGGCAGGGUGUGUAGAUAUACUGCAGCCUGAUAUCUGCCAUGUUGGUGGCAUCUCCGAACUGCGACGCAUUGCGGCCAUGUGCGAGACUUACGAUGUGGGCGUUGCACCACAUUGCCCUUUAGGACCCAUCGCCCUCGCCGCCAACAUGCAGGUCAAUGCAACGUUGGCUAAUUUUGCCAUACAGGAAAUGGGGCUUGGAAUGCACUAUAACAACACUGGACAGGACAUCACGAGCUAUAUCAAACACCCCGAGGUUUGGAAAGUGCGAGACGGAUAUGUUGACGUACUGGCUGGGCCGGGGCUGGGGAUUGAGAUUGACGAGCUGGAAGUGAGGAGGCUGUCUAGGGAUGCAAAGCCAUGGCCCACUCCAGAGUUUCGCGGGCCUUGUGGCGAGCUACGGGAGUGGUGA